GAGGAGUCCUGGCGCGUCACAGCCAAAACAAGGAAAUGAAUGAGAGGCCAGUGUCACGUGAUGUGCAAGGCGCAGCGCUGCCAAUGGAGAAGGUACGAAGUAGGGUCGGCUGGCUCUACCGCCGGCAGGACACACAGGGAGCCGUCCAGCUGAGGAAGAGAAAGUCGAGGUUGUACAGUAAGGAAGCAUCUAGCGCUUGUCCUGGAGCAGGUUUCUUUGGAGAAAAUACUUACCUGGUCUUGGCAGCGGUUGGUUUCCGGAUAUUUAACUGCAUGAUGGUCCAGACAAGCUUUGUUCCAGAUGAAUACUGGCAAUCUCUUGAAGUUGCACACAACAUGACCUUUAAUUAUGGGUAUCUAACUUGGGAGUGGACUGAAGGUUUAAGAGGGUUUUCCUACCCUCUGAUGUUUGCAGCUAUAUAUAAAGUUUUAUAUUUGCUUGGCAAGGAUCAUGUCUGGUUUCUGAUUUGGAUUCCUAGACUGGCACAGGCAGUGCUAUCAGGCAUUGCAGAUGUUAGACUUUAUAGUCUUGUAAGGCACCUGGAAAAUACAGAAUUGGCAAAAUGGGUGUAUUUCUGCCAGCUUUGCUCGUGGUUUACAUGGUACUGCGCUACAAGAACUCUAACCAACACAAUGGAAGCCGUGCUCAGCACUUUUGCUCUGUAUUAUUAUCCUCUGGAAGGUUCAAGUACAAAGAGUAGCACGAAAUAUCUAAUCUGUGUAGCACUGGCAUUCCUUAUUCGGCCAACUGCAGUUAUUCUUUGGAUUCCUUUGCUCUUUUAUCACUUUGCAAAAGAAAAGAAGAAAGCAGAGCUGGUUGUACAACAAUAUUUGCCUAUUGGGAUUUUAACUCUUGCUGCGUCAUUAACAGUUGACCGAAUAUUUUUUGGUAAGUGGACCUUUGUUCAGUGGAACUUUCUGAAGUUUAAUGUGCUACAGGAUUUGGGGUCUUUUUAUGGGUCUCACCCUUGGCACUGGUACAUCACCCAAGGAGUUCCUGUCAUCCUGUGCACCCACUUACCCUUCUUUAUUCAUGGCUGUAUGGUGACCCCCAAAAGAUACCAGAUUCUUUUGGUAGCUGUAGCUUGGACUGUUUUAACAUAUAGUGCGCUAAGCCAUAAAGAGUUUCGAUUUAUAUAUCCUGUACUGCCAGUCUGCAUGGUGUUCUGUGGAUUCUCAUUCUCUAACUUGAAGAGAUGGAAGAAAGCAGCUGUGGGAUUCUUGGUUUUAUCCAACUUGUUUCCUGCCUUGUACACAGGAUUAAUCCAUCAGCGCGGGGCACUAGAUAUUAUGUCUGGUAUUCAGAAGCUCUGCAAAAUGGAGAACUCCUCAGCAUCUCUUUUUGUUCUGAUGCCGUGCCAUUCCAUUCCUUUUUACAGCCAUGUUCAUUGCCCUAUAAAGAUGAAUUUUCUUGAAUGUCCUCCAGACCUAUCAGACAGUGAUGCCUAUAUUGAUGAGGCAGAUCUUUUCUAUGUAAGCCCAUUAGCUUGGCUCAACGCAGAGUUUUAUAACAAGACCCUUUUACCGACACACCUAAUCAUGUUUAGUGUUCUGGAACCGGAAAUCCGUUCAUUCCUAACAAAUAACAACUACUUGAAGUCAAUGUCUGUAUUUCAUACUCAUUUACCAGAGGGUCGAACAGGAAGCCAUAUUUAUAUGUACGAGAGGAACUCUAAAUAAAAAUCGUAUCACAUCGCUCAACAUUCCUUGUAUUUUGACUGGAGCUUUUAGUGGAAAAUCUGUAUUAACUAUUUUAUAAAGCCUGUAACAGUCGUAUAUACAUAAAGAUUUUAAUAAAUGUAUAUUUUUAUAUAACUGUUUUAUUAAAUAAAGAUGUUGAGAGUUUUUUUUAA